ACAUGUGAAUACAAAAAAGCAUUUUUAAUUCCAAGUAUUUUCUGGGAGAAGUGAAGCAUAUCUGACACACAUAUUUAUUUUUAUUAGUAUUAUUUUUUUAUAUCUAUCUCGUAUUAGAUGGGUGGGCUUGGCGGGAGUGGAGGCCACGCUCACUGAAAAGACCGGAAGUGUAGAAGAGGCUGGAGCGCGGUGCCGCACGUGCACGCGCAUCGUCCAGGACUCCUCGGUACGGUACCGGUCCGGUCCGGUAAAAAGAGGUUCGGCGGCGGCGGCGAUAUUGUGCCGGCUUGGAAGCACCUUGCUCGGCCUGCUGCUGCUCGGCUGUCCGGCUGAAGAAGAGAAAAGAGAAUAUUUCCAUGGCAACGCAAGAGAAGACAAUUCAUGUCAAGCGACAAGAUGAGUACACAAAGUACACAAAGACCCAAGCGGAAUAUCAUCAAAAAAACAUUUUAUUUGCUGUGUAUGUUGUACAGGACAUGAGUGACGGCAUGCCGUGGUGUGAAGAGCGUCUGGUACGUAAAGUACUUUUCCUGUCGCUCAGAGAGUUCCGAGACGGGCGUCGUGCAGCACAUGCACGCCCUGCACGUGCACGCCCUGCACGUGCACGCCCUGCACGUGCACGGUCUGCACGUGCACGCCCUGCGUGUGCACGUCAGAAGGCGGGUCAGCGAGUGUCUGACAGGCUGCAGAGGAAGAAGAAGAUGCAAGCAGUACAACACAAGUACACCCAAUCAGGUCCAGGUACACAACCAUCAGGUCCAGGUACACAACCAUCAGGUCCAGGUACACAACACUACACAAAGUUGUGCAAGAAGUCCAGCAGGAAGUUACGCUCACACAAGAUGCACAAGUUGAAGUCCAAGUACACAACAAGUACACAAGUAAAUACCAGGAGUACUGCAGCAGAAAACUUUCUUGUUCCAGCCAGGACACGCUCCACUAAAGCCAUGAUAGGUUCCAUGUUGAAUGGCGUCGGUCGACGUCGGCCAUUGUUGUCUGGCGGUCCCAGCUGGAGCUGGUCUUUGCAGACACGCCCCCAGUGCCAGCACCCUGACCCUGAUCCCAGGCCAAAAGUGCAAGCACAGAGAAAGUUUGCCCAGUCCCCGCCCACUUCUCCAUGUCCACUACAGAGGGCGUCAACACGACACAACUUCACGCUUGUCAGCAGUUUGAGAAGAUGUCCGCCCAAAACUGAAGACUUCUUGUCCUUCCUCUGUCUCAGAGGUUCUGCAGCGUUGCCAAGAAACUUCUUGAAGGGCCGAGAGGACGCAGCAGUGAGACACGUUGCUUCGGUCUCUAAGCACAAACACUUGAAACUCUUUGCGCAGGAGCUGGGAGGCGGGGCUUCUGCAGUGACGUGUUUGAGUGCCCGCGCACUGAGGAGGAGAGAGAGAGAGAGGAAGGAUGAAGAACGCAGCAGGAAGAAGAAGAUGGAGGAGGAAACAAGGAGACAUUACCUGAGACCCAGACACCUGGCCAUACAACUCAGGACCAAGAAAAAGGUCACCAAGGGGGUCAGACUGACGGAACCAAGGGCCUCCUUUGUCAGAUCGGUUCCAGCCCUGAAGCCCAAGACAGGGCCUGGCGGCGAGCCGGCGUCUAAGCCCAGCAAUAAGCGUCAAAGUCGAGGCCGAUUACGGGACUCCGACAGCAGCCAAAACUCCCAACCUAGCAACCAGCAGCUGCCUCACAAUCAACACCUGAACCUUUCCAAGUUCAACAGAAAGAAUCUCAGAACUUUUCAGAACUCAGGAAAAAAAUCAGUUCAGAUGACGACUCACCUCGCUCCUCCCACUGAGACCAGCGGGAUUAUGAGAUUGUCCCGAAGAAGAAGAGGUCUUCCUCCUGACACCAGCCCGACUCCAAUCAAUCAUUUUUCUACAGACAAUCCUGUGAAAGAGAAGAGGAAGUACAGAACAGCUCAGUCCGCUGAGGACCCACAACUGGACAUGGACUGCUGUAAUGGCGACACCCUCGUAAAGGAGGCUAGCUGCAACCAAGAUGCUAACGUGAACCGUGUCAAUGCACACACCCGUGGCUAUGGAGCGCUGACACCGGCAAAGAACGCUUCUUUUACCCAGGAUAAUAGGGUCAAUGUUGGAAUCGGACAGUUGGGCCCGGCAAACAUCAAGGAUAAGUCUGAACUGGGCGAGGAGAUCAUCUACAGACACAUGCGGGAAAAAGAGCUACGGAAGAAGCAGACAGCUUCACCUUCCACCUCCAGGACUUCUGUUUCCAAUACUGUUGCUGCUGCUCCUCAAGCUUCGACCAACUUGGCGGCAUCGGCCAAAGUCUGCAACCUUCCACCAGCCAGCACUUCUGUCAUGCACAACAGUCCUAACGCUACUGAAAAAGGUGCUAGCCAAGACAAGUUGACCUCACCAGCCAGCAACUGCUCUGUGGACACUUCCAAGGGUGGCGCUAAACACUCCAGGCAGAAUAGAAGCUAUAGUCGCACUUCCAAGGGCAGAGCUACAGACUCCAGACAGAAUAAAAGCCUUGGUCGCACUUCCGAGGGUGGAACUAAAGACUCCAGGCAGAAUAGAAGCUAUAGUCGCACUUCCAAGGGCGGAGCUACAGACUCCAGAAAGAAUAGAAGUUACACCCGCACUUCCAAGGGCUCUACAAAACCUCUUCAGCGGACCAAGUCUACUACCUCAACCAUGACAACCAGGAGCAGCCCGAGAAUUCUACUUAAGCGCUAAAAAUCACCUGAGCCAUGUCUUAACUUGUUUACACGUUGACUGCUGUAUUAAGAUGUCACAACAUGAGGAACACCUGAGAAACUUGUGAGUUCCAUUUCUAGAUCAGCACCAGGAACUCCUUUUUUACAAAGAUAUUUUAAUACGUGAACAACAUCAACAAACUAGGAAAGCAGUGGGAAGGUGCAGACCUGUGCCAGGUAAAAAAAAAAAGUCCUGAAUCCAGACGUCGAUCUGGAUUAUCCUCAAAAUGUAGUUUUCUUGUCAUUUCUAAAGCCAAAUUUCUGGCUUUAAGAAACAGGAAAAUAAACUGUGGUAGUCAGUAACAAAUUCAGUUUUAGAUCAAGCAGAGUGGAAAAUAUGGACUCACUCUGAAAAACAAUGAUAGUUCGUUAGAGACCAGGAAAAAACCCUCAAGCAAAGUACAUAUACAUCAAGAUCUGUAAAGAAGGGAGAGGGGGUGCUGCUCCGUGAGGCGUGGAAGGUGUGGCAUGUUGGGUACGUUUCUCUGUUCCGCGACCUUGGUGCUGUCGCAAACACGGCCAGUCAGUCCAACCAAAGUCGACAAAGAAGUGUGUCCGUGAGAGACAGGGAAGGGAUUAGUUGUACUGUCCUCUGGGGGGAGUCUCCAACAACCACCUUGCCAGGUUUGAGUGCCCACGGCUCUGCCUGCAUUCUUCAAUCAUUUGUGGCAGCAUCUUCUAAUUUGUCGAUACACUCGCUCCAGUCAGCAGAUGUCCUGGUAUCAUGAGUACGAGGUGGAUAUCUUCACUUAAAGGGUCUUCUGGGACGCGGUACUCUGCUUCUUCCAAGAAGUCCAUCGUGAGUCCAACUGUUCCAUCAGGACAGGCAGGUUCCCCAGAACCCAAGUUUUUGGCAAUUUUGUUGAGAAGCAAGUUGAUCAGUUCCAUUGUUUAGACUUUGAAGAGUGUUCUAGGCCAGGCCUUGUUGGAAGAGGUUCAGAGUGGAGGCCUGCCUGCCUGGCCACCACCUGUCCCUCUCUGUUUGCAGUUCCCACACCUGCCUCUGGUUUGGCCUAAUCAGCUGGAGUGGAUCUCAGCCGGGCGCCCCAGGACCUCAGGCCCUGCUCAGCUGGUGAUUUGCACAGUUGUGUGCUUUGGUCAUGGUUGUGCUCACUUGUCAUAUGAAAUAUUCUUAUGUGCACAUUUGACUUCAGUUUGGACUCCCUUGUGUUGUCGCCAGCUGUGACACAGAGCAGUCCAGGAGAAGGUGAAGACCAGACAAGAAGCCAGCAGGAGGGGCGUGGGCCAGAGAGAAAAGGCCGUUUCUUGUUUUCUUGGAAGUUUUCUGUUGUUGUCCUUGGUUUGCCUUCUACCAGCGUCUGUUUGUACUUGCUCCACAAUCUACCUUCUUGAACAACUUCUCUGUUGUGUUGGAGCCAUGAUUCAUGUCUACCCACCUGCUGCAACAGCUCCCCACCUUCCAUCUGAUGCAAAAUGAUUCUAAAAAUGAUUAAGAAAUUUAUGGGAGGGUUCCAUCUGCUCCGUCUAAAAGUGAAACCGCUACGACCACAGUUCAUUUGCUUGAUUUCUUUCCUUAGAACCAGAAAGUUGUCGUUGGCAACCGUUCAAGUCUUGUGUCAUGUCUGUUAUCCCAACAAUUCAAUGAACCUCCUCAGA